AUGCGGGUGCGACCUUACUCCAAGACACAUACCUUGAAGCACCCAAGUCCUUACCCCAAGACACAUACUUUGAAGCACCCAAGUCCUUACCCCAAGACACAUACCUUGAAGCACCCAAGUCCUUACCCCAAAGACACAUACCUUGAAGCACCCAACACCCAAGUCCUUACCCCAGACACAUACCUUGAAGCACCCAAGUCCUUACCCCGAGACACAUACCUUGAAGCACCCAAGUCCUUACCCCGAGACACAUACCUUGAAGCACCCAAGUCCUUACCCCAAGACACAUACCUUGAAGCACCCAAGUCCUUACCCCGAGACACAUACCUUGAAGCACCCAAGUCCUUACCCCAAGACACAUAUCUUGAAGCACCCAAGUCCUUACCCCGAGACACAUACCUUGAAGCACCCAAGUCCUUACCCCGAGACACAUACCUUGAAGCACCCAAGUCCUUCCCCGAGAAAAUCCCUUUAAGCACCCAAAUCCCUUAA